UCUGCGGUCCAUUCUGGACUUUCCGUUGUCUGCGUUCUCUGUGGGCAGGAGCCGGCGGCUUGGCCUCCACUCUUUGGCUCUCUUGCAGAUUCGACAAGCUUGCGCCAGUUCUGGGGGCAUUUCUGGCAGAGCUUUCACCGUAAUGCGACUGUUGCGCAUGCGUCUCUCCUUACACAUGAUUUCUUGCGUAUAAAAAGGGGUUCGCGGCUCAGUCGCGGCCUCUUGACUGUACUUGUGUUUGUUAUGAGUGGAUUGAUGCAUUCGUGGUGUGCUAAGUUGCAGUCAAGGAAGUGCGGUGCAGCUCCGGUGAUGCUCUGGUAUUGUUUAGCCGCUGCGGGAAUCGUGAUUGAGGACUGCGCUCAAACAGCUUACGAGGCUGUGGAGGCACGCCUUUGGAAAGAACUGAAAGCCCCUCGGAUGACGACUCGGCAUGAGGUCUUGGGAUACAUUUGGGUAUGGGUAUUCUUUGCUUGGUCGUUGCCCAAAAUGGUGUAUCCUAAUUUUGCCUGCGAGCUUACGGAGUCUUAG